AUGAGACCCACCAGCUACUCGUGUACUGUAUUCAAUUUCACUUUCAGUAAAUAUAAUGGCCGGAGGUUUAGCGCAAGCAUACACCACAAUGGGUUUAUGAAAACAGUUGAGGUUACUCAUCAUAAAGCACCUGCUAGUCAAGAAACCUCAACAUUAAAAGUUGCAGCUGAUAUUUGGAGAAAAGAGGUAAUUCGUGGUAUAAAUAAAGGUGUUAAUGCUGUAGCUCUAAGACAAUGUACAGAUUGGGCUAGUAGAUUUAGAUUAACAAGGUUAAGUGAAACUGCUAUCUGGAGAAUACGAAAUGGUGAUGUGGUUGGUUAUUCUAGACCAUUGUCACUCAUUCAAAAAAUUUUAGCAAGUGCCCUUGGUGGUGGCUUGUCUUGUUGGAAUCAAUCAAUUGAAGUUACUCGUGUGAAAAUGAAAUCUCAAGUACAAACACUCAAAAAUAAUGGAUUGAAAUGGGUUUAUCUUGGUGUAACUCCUAAAAAACCAAGUAAUAAUUUAAAUAUAUGUGAAACCAAAAAGCAAUUAGGAAUAAAUACUACUGAUAUCAAAAAACUCAAAGAUCACGGUUUCCACACACUUGAGUCAGUUGCAUACACACCUAGAAAAGCAUUAUUAAAUAUUAAAGGAAUUUCUGAAGCAAAAGUUGAAAAAAUACUAACUGAAGGAUUUCAACCAGCAACAGAAAUCCAAAGAAAAAGACAUGAACUUGUUUAUAUCACAACAGGAUCCGAUCAACUUAAUAAUAUUUUAGGAGGUGGAAUUGAAACGGGCUCAAUAACUGAAUUAUUUGGUGAAUUCCGUACUGGAAAAAGUCAAUUAUGUCAUACGCUUGCUAUCUCGUGUCAGCUUCCUGCAAGUAUGGGUGGCGCUGAAGGAAAAUGUAUUUACAUUGAUACGGAAAAUACCUUUAGACCUGAAAGAUUAAUCACUAUUGCAGAAAGAUUUGGGCUUAAUGGAGAAGAAGCAUUAGACAAUGUGGCAGUAGCAAGAGCUUAUAACACGGAUCAUCAAUUUGAUCUUUUAAUUAAUGCUGCUGGAAUGAUAUUUGCUGUUCUAAUCGUUGAUAGCGUAACAGCAUUGUAUAGAACUGAUUAUGCUGGAAGGGGCGAAUUGGCUGCACGUCAAAUGCAUUUAGCAAAAUUCUUACGAUCUCUUCAACGUUUGGCUGAUGAAUUUGGCGUGGCUGUUGUUGUGACAAAUCAAGUUGUUGCUACUGUUGAUGGUAAUAUGGCUAUGUUUGGUGGUGAAACUAAGAAACCAGUAGGAGGAAAUAUCAUGGCACAUACUUCAACUACAAGACUUUAUUUUCGUAAAGCUUCUAAAGAAAAUCGUAUAUGUAAAAUAUAUGAUUCACCAUGUCUACCGGAAGCUGAAGCAACAUUUGCUAUUGGCAAAGGUGGAAUUGAGGAUGCUAAAGAUUAA